GAAUGAAACGAGGAUCGAGAUCGAUGCGGAGAGCCUAUUUUCAUAAUAAAAGCGGUGAUGCCGACGAUUUCAAGCGGUGUAUAGUCCGAUGUCGCUCAAUUGAUCCGAUAGCUUACUCACUUUUCUUCGUGAUCGCGGUUUUAGUGUGGCAAGUUGAAAAGAGACUGAUCCCAAUUUCCAGAGUAACUUGAGAGGCAGAGGGCAGUUCCCGCGUUUGCACCGGCAACCGGGGAGGACCGGUAUGGACGUUGCACAGUUUGUCUAUCAAUCAGCAUGAUCAGAACUAGAACUUCAGUAGAAGCAGGCCAGUCGUGCCCUAUCUUGCAUGCACCGGAAUGUGAGGAAGGAAGACACUUGAGCCCUUCCUGGAUAUGAGCAUUGUUGUCUUAUUGCAUGUAUGAUAUGCAUGCAUGUUUUGUUUUCUUUCACUAAGUUCCAGCAUGUUCAGUUAGGGCUAGUUGGAUUUGGAGCAUCACAUAAGAUUUGAAAUAAAGAUUUUAAAGCGAGUGAUUGAACUGUGAAGACUAUCAUUUCGUCAUGGGGGAAGACACUCCUGAUGAUAUUGAAUCCACUGGGAGUGAUCAGCCUAGGGCCGGUAAUGCCGUGGAUCUCAUUGGAGCUUUUCCUGUUGACAACGCCGCACUUGCCGACAUCCGCACUGACGAAGAUGUUGUGUUAAAGCCAGAGGAUGAGAGACAGAUUACAUACCGGAAGAGAAAAGGAGUCACCAAAUACAAGGAAACAAUGAAAGUUUUGGUGCCAGUCCGUCCAAAACCAAAGUCCAGUGCCUUUCUACCCUUGGACCAUAGCGGUCUGUUCUCCUACCUCACUCUGUCCUGGUUGACUCCCAUGUUCAAGAAAGCUGCCAAGAGACAGCUGGAGGUCUCUGACUUCUGGGCCUUUUCCGACAGGGACAGCGGACACCUCAAUGGUGAUAGAUUCCAGUUGAUGUGGGAUGAAGAACUCAAGAAGAAAGGAAAAGACAAAGCUUCAUUGAGCGCCGUUGCCCUGCGAUACGUCCGCACUCGCCAUGUCCUGGCUGUUCUGUCGCUUCUGUUAGCCUUCUCCUGCCUUUUUGUCAUCACAGCCAUCUUGGUGCAGCGGCUGCUCAUGUACACUGAGGCCGAGGAGCAGGAUCUGGGCUACGGUUUGGGCAUCGUCUUCGCCAUCUUGGGAUUGAACAUCCUGCGGGUCAUCUUUGACGUAGCCUACUGGAUGACCAGCUUACGUUCGGCCAACCGGCUGCGCAACGGUUUGCUCUCCAUGAUGUUCAAGAAGGUCGCUCGUCUGCGUAGUCUCCAGGACAAGACAGUGGGAGAGAUCGUGAACAUCUGCACUAAUGAUAGCCAGCGUUUGUUUGAUGCCAUGGUCAUCGGCAACCUACUCAUCGCCUCUUGCUUCCUAUUGGUCUCCUGCAUCACUGCCGUGUCGAUAAUCAUUGGGCCGGCGGCUUUGAUCGGUGUGCUGGGGACAUUCAUGGUGAUCACGCCUCUGCAGUUGGUCAUGGGUAGGGUUAUUGCCAAGUUUCGCCAGCGAGGCAUCAGGAUCACAGAUGAGAGGGUACAGAAAAUGAGUGAGGUGCUCACCUUUGUCAAACUCAUCAAAAUGUACGCAUGGGAAGCGCCGUUUGCCAAGAAAGUAGCAGCCAUACGAGCCAGAGAACGUACAGUCUUGGAGAGGGUCGCUUACAUCAUUAGUUUCAGCUUGUCACUGGUGCCGCUGGUACCCAACGCCGCCUCCGUCUUGACCAUCAUCAUCCACAUCAGCCUCGGCAAUGACAUCACCGCUGCUGAAGCUUUUACGUUAAUCGCUGUUCUGAACUCAAUGAGAGUUGUCCUGGGACCCACACCUUUCGCUAUGCGCGUUCUAGCAGAGUCUGCCAUCGCGUUGAGGAGAAUACGGAGUGUCCUGGACAUGUCAGAUAUCCCACCUCUCCAGCACAUGCCGCCCAAUGACCAGUACAGUGUGGUCAUAUCCGGCGGCACCUUUGCCUGGGACAAGAUCAGAUCCACCGACAGUGGUAAGGGAGAGGACCGAGAUGAAGAUGAGGAGAAGCAUGCUGCCGAUGGGGCCACCAUCAACGGAGUUACAGUUGCUGUGGAUGACACAAAGCCAGGAAAUGGAAUUGAAAAUGGUGGCCCAAGUGUUUUAUCCGAUUCCCCCACGGAGGAGGGCAGUGAAAACUUUGAGGAUGUUCCACUCAAUGAAGCCGGCAACACCAACAACAAUGCCAGCUCCUCAACAAGCAACGGGAAAAAGGGAGGAAGGAUUGAGAAAGCUAGGAAGGGGUCAGAGGUCAGUGGAGAUGAACCCACCAAUCCAGAUGACCUCAAGGCCAAGACUCUCUUUGAUAUUGACCUCAGUCUUGAAAAGGGUCAAUUGACAGGAGUCUGUGGGGCUGUCGGUAGUGGGAAAUCUUCCCUAAUCUCAGCCAUCCUGGGACAGAUGCACACCAUGGAGGGCUCCCUCGCUGUAUCAGGCUCCUUUGCCUACGCCUCCCAGGAGCCCUGGAUUUUCAAUGCCUCGCUGCAGGAAAACAUUCUCUUUGGUGCCGAGAUGGAGGAAAAUAGGUACCAGACGGCAAUCAAAGCCUGCUGCUUAAAACAGGACCUGGAGAUUCUGACAGACGGCGAUUUGACUGAGAUUGGAGAGCGAGGCAUCAACCUCAGCGGAGGCCAGAAGCAGCGUGUCAGUCUGGCGAGGGCAGUUUACGCCAAUCGCGAUGUCUACCUCCUGGAUGACCCUCUGAGCGCGGUGGAUGCACACGUCGGACUGCACAUAUUCAAUGAGUGUAUCAAGGGUGCCCUCCAGGGAAAGACAGUGCUAUUUGUAACGCAUCAACUCCAGUAUCUGAAAGACUGCGACACUAUUCUGACAAUGGUUGAUGGUCGCAUCGCUGAACGAGGCACCCAUGAAGAGCUGAUGAACAACGAAGGAGAGUAUGCCCGCCUGAUCCGCAAGCACCAUGCCAAGGCCGAGAGCGAGGAGAAUGGUAAUGAAGAUGUGGAGCUUCACAGGGAGGAGGGAGACAAGCUGCAGAGGAGCGUGAGCCGCAUGUCGGCCAGGAGCGUGGCGAGCGACGCAUCCGAGGAACUGGGGAAACAAGAGGGUGGCAAGCUGGUACAAGAGGAAGAUCGAUCGGCCAAAGCCGUGGGCUGGGUGACCUACAAAGGCUACAUGAAGGCCGCCGGUGGCUACCACAUGAUCCUACUAGCCUUCCUGACCUACAUCUUGGUGAUUGGGAGUCUGAACUUUAACAACUGGUGGCUGAGCUUCUGGCUGAACCAGGGAAAUGGAACACAGAUUGAAGUGAACGGCACCAACCCAGGUGAUCCCCCUACUUUGGUGACGAUAGGAAACAUCGCCGACCACCCAGACUUGUACUUUUACAUGCUGAUCUAUGGUGUGACUCUUGUUGCCACGCUCGUUUUUGGCGGUCUGAAAAGUGGAGUCUUGAUGAAGGUUCUGCUCAAGGCUUCUUCAACCAUGCAUGACAUCGUCUUCGUCAAGGUCUUCCGUAGCCCCAUGUCAUUUUUCGACACCACCCCUACUGGGCGGAUCCUCAACAGGUUCUCCAAAGAUAUGGAUGAAGUCGACGUGCAGCUGCCCACCAACCUGGAGCUCUUUACCCAGAAUAUGUUCCUGAUCCUGUUCGCUCUCAUCACCAUCUGCAUAGUUUUCCCUUACUUCCUGGCCGUCAUGGUCCCGAUUGUCUUCUUCUUUGGUGUCAUCCUCUACUACUACCGUCGUGGGACGCGUGCCAUCAAGCGCAUUGAGAACAUCACCCGCUCCCCAUGGUUUUCUCACAUCAUGGCCACGGUGCAGGGCCUGUCGACCAUACAUGCGUACGGUAAAACGGAAGAAUUUAUUGACAGGUUCGUCAACCUGUUAGAUAACAACGCCCAACCAUACAUGAUCUUCCGCAUGGCUUCUCGCUGGGCUGGUCAGCGGCUAGAGGUCUUGAUCAUCACGGCUUCUCUAGUGACCAAUCUCUUUGUGGUUUUGACCUAUGGCAUCGUGUCACCGGCCUUAGCUGGUCUGGCUGUGUCAUAUACAAUCCAGAUCACAGGUUUAUUCCAGAUUACCAUUCUCAUGGCAUCAGAGACAGAGGCGAGGCUUACGUCAGUAGAAAGAAUUCUGAACUACACACGAAUUUUGACAUCUGAAGCCCCAGCCCACAUAGAGGAAACUGCACCCGAGGAAGACUGGCCCCAGCACGGGGAGAUCGAGUUCAAGAACUACAAGAUGCGUUACCGUGACAACUUGCCUCUCGUCAUCAAGGGCAUCAACUGCCACAUUAAACCCAAGGAGAAGAUUGGCAUUGUGGGAAGGACUGGCUCAGGAAAGUCUUCCCUCGGUGUUGCCCUCUUCCGAUUGGUCGAGCCAUCGUCAGGUGAGAUCCUGAUCGACAAAGUCAGCAUAGCAACCAUCGGACUGAACGACCUCCGAUCUAAGCUCUCCAUUAUCCCUCAAGACCCUGUGCUCUUCAAAGGAACCGUCAGGUAUAAUCUGGAUCCUUUUGAGGAUUACAGCGAUGGCAAGGUAUGGGAAGCCCUCGAACGGACCUACAUGAAGGAAAAGAUCAGUGCCUUGGACAACCAGCUAGAGGCGCCAGUGGUGGAAGGCGGUGACAACUUCUCUGUCGGCGAGAGACAGCUGCUAUGCAUGGCCAGAGCCCUGCUCCGAAACAGCAAGAUCUUGAUGCUGGAUGAAGCCACAGCCGCUAUUGAUACUGACACGGACAGCCUGAUCCAAACCACUAUCAGGGAAGCCUUCAGCGAAUGUACCAUGCUCACCAUCGCUCACCGCCUCAACACCAUCUUAGACUCGGACAGGGUACUUGUCAUGGAUGAUGGGGAGAUUGCGGAAUUUGAUAAACCAGCCUCUCUACUCGCAAAUCCGAACUCCAAAUUUUUCAAGAUGAUGGAAGCAGCAGAGUCACAAAAGCAUUCUCUUUCUGCAGAUUAGUAAAACUGUUAAUAGUUAAACCUAAAGAUGAUACCACUGAUAACUAGUUAGAACCACUGUAUUACUCUUCAAAGGUUUAAUAACUAGUUACAGUGCUAGUAGUCGUAAGCCUUUUAAAUAAGAUUCAAACUACAAAUGUACAUAUUUUAAUGAAGUUAUCUACAGAAAUGUUUGAAUACAUGUAUUAAAAACCAUACUGUCGACUGUCUUGGUCAGUGAUUGUUAUAGGUAUAAUUACAUUUUAUUUGAAGAAAGUACUUUUAAAGUAAGUCAUGGUAUAUUUCAAUUGUAUUCAGAAAUUGAAAAGGAUAAUCAGUAAAACUCGGUCACAAAGAUGUCAAGAUAAUUAUUUUUCUGUACAAUUUCUGUGCAUACAGAUGUGAACAUUUUCUGUAACUCUGCUGAUGUGAUUCGAUUUGACUUAAGGCAUCAUUACAUUACUUGUGCUGGACCUGUUAAGGCAUACUCAGGGUUUUCAAGACAAUGGGCAUUACAUAAAGUGGACUUGUUUUCCCAAUGUACGGCAAAGCUAUAUGUACUUCUACAACACGAAAAUAGUUCCUUACCUGUAUAAAUGGAAGUUCCAAUACGUGGUCAGGGUGUAUUUCUGAACUUAGAUUAUGUUGCAAGAAUGUUUGGGGUCAGGGAUUAGUCUAACAUUCAUUCUGGUAGUGCAUAACAAACGACGAACGUCUGGUAUGCACAUUCCUACGUGUAAUUAAUACCACUGGACUCUUCUCAGGAAUAUUUGUAAUAUUAAAGAGAUCAUUUUGUAUUCCAGUGGAAACAAAUUGAAUUAUAUAUCCAAACGUUGAUUAAAUAAUGUUCCGAUUUUUUAUAUAUUGGUGUAUGGAUAAUGAUGUUUGAUAGUACUGUAUUGGUUAAAAAUAUUUUAUGUAAUUUCCGGAAAGGUCACUCUAAUAAAACAUUCAUGAAGUCUUGAAAGUAA